AUGGGUGAGGCAUCUGCGCAGUACAACCCAGAGCCCCCGCCCCCUCCUCGCACCCAAUACUCCAACAUCCAGGCCAAUGAGAGUGAGAAGGCCCAGCAGUUCCGGAGGCUCUUUGCCCAGCUGGCUGGAGAGGACACGGAGGUCAGUGCCACAGAACUCAUGAACAUUCUCAACAAAGUCGUGACCCGACAUCCUGAUCUGAAGACUGAUGGUUUUGGCAUUGACACAUGUCGCAGCAUGGUGGACGUUAUGGAUAGAGACACGACCGGCAAGCUGGGCUUCAAGGAAUUCACGUACUUGUGGAACAACAUCAAAAAGUGGCAGGCCAUAUACAAACAGUUCGACAUUGACUGUUCAGGGACCAUUGGCAGCAGUGAGCUCCCAGGGGCCUUUGAGGCAGCAGGAUUCCGCCUGAAUGAGCAUCUCUACAACAUGAUCAUCCGACGCUACUCAGAUGAGGGAGGGAACACUGAUUUUGACGACUUCAUCAGCUGCCUGGUCAGACUGGAUGCGAUGUUCCGUGCCUUCAAAUCUCUUGACAAAGAUGGCACUGGACAAACCCAGGUGAACACCCAGGAGUGGCUGCAGCUGACCAUGCAUUCCUGAACGGGAGUCCCAGACCUGCCCCCUCGUCGCCUCGCUGUAGGAGUCACCUUGGACUCUUCAGUCUCCCCCAGGGCUGACCCUGUUUGCAGUCACAUCUUCAUGGCUCCUGCUGACCCACAGGCCUUUCUGUUCUCCCAGCCCUUGGCACCCGGAUUCUCAGUCAACAGCCAGGGCCCAACAUGCUUCAACACACCCUGCCCCAGCAC